AUGAGCACGGAAACGAAAUCCCUCCGCACGGCAUACGCAAAGCAUAUCUUAAACCAUCAGGUCCUCAAGACCUUGAACAAAACCAACAAAACACUCUAUGGCGCGCUUCCUCGGGCGCCUGAGCUCCCAGAGGAUUCUGACAAGCCGUACGAAGGUCGCAUUUGCAUCAUUGGAGCCGGCGCCGCAGGACUCUACACCGCAAUGAUGCUGAAAUUCCUGGGCAUCACCAAUGUCGACAUCCUUGAGGCCAGUGACCGGGUCGGUGGUCGCUUGUAUACUCAAAGCCUUUCCGGUGGGGACGAUUACCAUAACUACUACGACGUGGGCGCCAUGAGAAUUCCAGAUAUCGCUUGGAUGAAACAUGUUCUCGACUUCAUCGACCUUCUUGGCCUGACGUCUAGUAGGCAAGAAUAUGUGUACAAGAACGACGAUGUUCCAAGUUCUUACUAUUACCGAAGCAAGCCGGCGGUCGAUCCGAAGUUCGAAGAGUUCAUGGAUCAACUUGUCGGUGGCUUCACUCAGAGCUUCGGCCCUGCCUUCGCGGAAUGGCUGACCACCACCAACAACGACAACUACUCGACACGGAGUUUCCUCAUGGCGGGACCGCAGGACCCUAAGUGCCCUAAACACAGUGCUCCGAUCCCUUAG